AUGGAACGACUGGCUACGCACAAAGUACUUGCACGGAUCCAAGCUACGAGAAUUGCCUGUCCUUCUGCAACCAAAGUCAAUUUGACGGCUUUGGGGAACUGGUGCUGUGCGGGUGCUGCAGGACAAGGCCUCGGUGGUCCCAAUUGCUGCGAUACCAAUCUCACUACCUCACUCGCGCCGUAUCCCUUCUCCACGAUCGACAAAUCUGGUCAGUCAACGGCGGCUAGCUCCUCGGGACCUUCUAGUACCGCUGGGAUGACUUCCAUUUCCUCGCGCACAACACUCAAAUCAACAUCCUCGCCCUCCAUAAGCCUCGGUACCUCCGUACAGUUAACAAGCCAGACCUCCGUUGCAACAUCGACACAAACUGCGGCCACACCGUCCAAAACAUCCACGAGCUUGCCUUCACCGCGACCUACAGACCCAAGUCACAUUUCGAAAACGGGCAUAGAAGUCGGUAUACCCAUUGCCACCGUCGUCGUCCUGCUCGCAAUCCUUGCGUUCUUCAUCUUUCAGAAUCGAAAAUUCAAACAGCGUCUCUUUCAAUUGCGGAGCCAGAUGAGCGAAGGUUCGCUACGGCGGGGAGAGGCAAGACCUGAGAUGCACGAGCGUGAGGGAGGCGCCUUGGGAGAGCUUGAUCUUACUCACUACGAAUUGACUCAGCAUGAUGCGCCAAAGCAUGAGCUACUCGGAAGUGAAAUCCGUGAAUUAGAUCAUAACGGCAUCCCGGCACAUGAGCUGGUUGGGGACAACCCUCCGAGAUGA